AUGGGGAAUGGAUUAUCAGACCAGACUUCUAUCCUGUCCAGCCUGCCUUCAUUUCAGUCCUUCCACAUUGUUAUGCUGGGUUUGUACUGUGCUGGAAAGACAACUGUCUUAUACAGGCUGCAGUUCAAUGAAUUUGUAAAUACCGUACCUACCAAAGCAUUUAACACUGAGAAAAUUAAGGUAAACCUGAGAAAUUCUAAAACAGUCACUUUUCACUUCUGGGAUGUAGGUGGUCAGGAGAAAUUAAUGCCACUGUGGAAGUCAUAUACCAGAUGCACAGAUGGCAUUUUAUUUCUUGUGGACUCUGUUGAUACCGAAAGGAUGGAAGAAGCCAAAACUGAACUUCACAAAAUAACUAGGUUAUCAGAAAAUCAAGGAGUCCCUGUACUUAUAGUUGCUAAUAAACAAGACUUGGGGAACUCAUUAUCUCUUUCAGAAAUUGAGAAAUUAUUAGCAAUGGGUGAACUGAGCUCAUCAACUCCUUGGCAUUUGCAGCUUACCUGCGCAAUCAUAGGAGAUGGCCUAAAGGAAGGACUUGAGAAACUACAUGAUAUGAUCAUUAAAGAAAAGUCUGUCUCAAAAAAAAAAAAAAAAGUAGACAAUCCUGCCUACCUACAGAGAAAUCCUCUCAAGUCAAAACACAAAGCUGAAUAUAAUUCAAUGCAUUCCAUGUUUUUGGAAUGUCAGAGGUACAACACCAAAGUGCCUUGUACACAAUUCAUUGUGUCUGGCUAUCAAAAACAAAAUAACAACAACAACAACAAAAACUUGCAAAGAAUACUAAAAGGCCAAAAACAGUUUGAAGAGACACAGCAAGCAUCAGAGCCAGACUCAGAUAUGACAGAGAUGUUGGAAUUACUAGACUGGAAGUUUUAA